AUGGGGCCCGAGAGCCCGUCUCAGGAGGCUCCUGAGGAGAUGACGAGUCCCUUCAGUCUGCUGCAACCCGCCCCAUCAGUCCUUGCUCCACGCGUGGGCAAGUUUGCUGUCCCUGGCAGAAAAGCUAUACAGACGCCGCACUAUGUCGCGAUCACCUCGCGGGGUUCCGUUCCCCACCUUACGCACGAUGUGGUGCGCGAUCACACCACGAUUGGGAGCCUGUAUUUUGGAUUAGAAGAUUUUCUAGAGAAGGCUCCCAACGAGGUUCCUCCCAUAUACAAGGUGCCCAGGGCACUGCACGAGUCGGCGCUCCGGAAGUUUGCGUGCCUGCAGGAUGAUAUCCUCCUCGUCUUGGGCGCGCGGAGGGUUCCGCCCAUCGUGUGCCCUCCAGCGAAUACGGACAACUCGAUCGGGAUCCUCACGUCCUUCGGAUACCGCCAGCUAGAGGCGGAGCAGUACAUCGAAGCGGUGCAGAAGCUGCGACCGGAUGUGGUCGUCGGGCUGGCGGACCUCGUGCUGGGUCAAAAACCUGGCGUCAAGAGGCGCGAGAAGAUGGUAGAUCGGACGCAUGCGUAUACCCGGGAUGCGACGAGGCAGUUGUACGAAACCGAAGACGGUGCCGAGUCUGAUUUGAAGAAGACGUUGUAUUUUGCUCCCGUUCUACCGUUGGAAAAUACCCAACAGACGCUGUAUCUUGGAGACUUGGGCGAUGAGCUGCGAGAGCACAUUUCGGGUCUGGCUCUUUACGAGUCCUCGUCGCUCUCCGUCGUCCCGGAAGAGCUGGGCGACUUGCCUCGCUUGUCGUUCAGCGAGCCCAAGACCCCUCAGGAAGUGCUACGGGAUAUCGCACUCGGAGCAGACCUCCUCACCAUCCCGUUCAUCGGAGGCAUGUCGGAUGGAGGAAUCGCAUUGGAUUUCGUCUUCCCUCCGAAGAAGGAGGAGCACAAGGAAGAUCAGCAGGACGAGCCGAAACGAAAAGCCCUAGGAAUUGACCUGUGGUCGCCUUCAUACGCAACCGAUCUGUCCCCACUGGUGCAAGGAUGCGAGUGCUACGCAUGCACGAAACACCAUCGCGCCUAUCUCCGACACCUGCUAUCGGCGCGGGAGAUGCUGGCGUGGACCCUCCUGCAGAUCCACAACUACCAUACCAUGGACCGCUUCUUCGCGGCGGUCCGGGAGAGCAUCGCAAACGGCACAUUCGAAGAGAGCGUGGAAGCCUUCGAGCGGACCUACGAGUCAUCUUUACCGCAGCAAACGGGACAAGGGCCGAGACUACGAGGCUACCAAGUCCACCCCUCCGGCCCCAGCGAACCAAGACGAAAUCCUCGCGCCUACGGCCGCUUAGACGACAAGGCCGAGAAGUUCGCCGAGGCAUUACAGUCGUCUGUGGCGACGCCGGAUGCAGACGCGGAGGAGCUUCAAGAGAGUGGUUUUGCGGAGAAGGAAUGCUGA